AUGGAAAUCGCUGGGGGCGAGGUCUGGACUGAGGAGGACUCCUUUGGUGAUGAGGCCUGCCGCCCUUUGCUUCAGCGCCUUAUGCACAUCCCUGAGAACCUGGCAACGACAGACGACACUACAAUAUUUGUUUCAUCAUCCGAUGAGACCAGUUUAAUAUCUUUGGCUAAUGCACUACUCGAGAAAGUAAGAAAUUGGGCGAAACGAAAUUGUUUCCACAUAAAUGUCUCUAAAACAAAAGCGGUGAUAUUUAGACCUAAAAAUAAACAGGUAACCAUGAAUCUACCACUAUCGUACGGAGAUAUGAAAAUUCAAUAUGUAAAUGACGUGAAGACUGUCGAGGUAGUGUUUUCGUACAACUUAUCGUGGGAUGGGCAUGUGCAAUAUAUUCGUGGUAGACUUUGCAAAGUAUCUGGUAUGAUAAAGAAGUGCAGGUACCUUCUUCCAGUAGGUGUUAAACUCUUGCGCUAUAACAGUCUUUUUUACUCCUUACUUUCCUAUUGCAUACUGAUCUGGGGAACGACCACAACGUCGAAUGAAAAUCAGAUUCAUAUGAUUCAAAAAAGAGUCUUGCGUAUAGUUCUGUUCUACAAAACGAUGACAAGGACAAACAAUCAACACGUAAGCAUUAUUUGGAUGAAUCAGUAUAGACCUACGUAUCCAGUAAGGACUGCCCAAAAAUUUCGCCUGCCGUUUAGUAGAACAAAUUAUGGUAAACAAUCAAUCACUUAUCAGCUUCCUAUCCUGUUAAAUAUGUUGGCUUCUAUUGAUAUUGAUAUCUUUGCUUUGUCAGAUUAUAAUAUGAAACAGCUCUUUAUUGUAUAA